CGAGCGUUCCACCGCUGCGCAACGCGCAACCAGCGCACCAAAGGAUGCAAAGGCGGGCAGCAAGCGCCGCAACCGCUCUGCGCCGCCUUCAAGAAUAUUGCGGCUCCCGGGGUCUUCCGCCCUUUUUGGUGGCGGAAUCGCGACCGGAGGUCAGCUCAGCCGCGACAAACCGCGACCGAAAGGAGCGCCGCAGCGAACGAUCGGAGAUGUGCUUCCGCGGUACGUCGCAGAUUUGGAAGAUAGUCGGCUGCCUCGGUACACAGACAAUUUUGACCAGGUCCUGGAAGAGUAUGUUUCACGCGGAGCGGCGACCGCCAGUGCAGAGGACCUACACGCCAUGUUUUUUGCAGGAUUAUCGAUUCGCGACAGUCCCACCCACAAGGCCUCGCCAAAGUCGUUCGACCCCCCCGGACGCCUCGCACGAAGCAAACCCGCGGACCAGCUGGACUCGCAAAAACCGAGCAAAAAGUCCUCUCCGCUGGAGCGGGCCAUGAAAGCAGAGGCGGAAAAGUCUCUCUCCGGACCGUCGGCAAAGAAACCUCCAGCGUUUGUAGCCCCUUCGAGGACGAUCUUGGACACGGAUACCGCUACUAGUAGAGGAAAUGCAAGUUCGUCCGCUACUCGCCCCGUAAGCGCGGCUGCAGCGUCAUCGAAUCCCGAGAGACGUCCUGGAGCCACGGCUGCUGCGCGUCCGACCACCCCCCCAGCUGCACCGAUGAAUGAUUACACGCCAAAGCAAGUAUCUUCAGAUGCAACAAGUACCAGAAAAACCGACAGCACUCAACGCCCACGUGCCCCAGGAACAGCUUCUGAAACUGCUAAUACGAAGAAAAAGUUCACGAAAAUUGUGCACCAGGAAGCUCCUGACACCAUGGACCCGGACUUUGCGGCAACAAGGUUGCAGGCCUAUGUCCGGGGUCGACGUGUGCGAAAGGACCUGCACAAUUACAUCCUGAGUUUCUACGCAGACGAGAACAACACGGACGGUGCUCAGCCAGGCGUACCCUUAAUGUGGACCGGGAGCGAGAUGAAGCCAGUGCUGAGCGAAACAGACGCGGAUCCACUGAGCGAAACUAAAGGCCGGAGCCGGUCGCGCAGUCCAGUCAAGGAGGAACUAUCCCGGCCGAGCAGUGCUCCUGCAGGAGGGCGCGCGGGAAGUCGCGGAGGGAGGUUGCAGUUCGGGUGGACAGCAACGGAGAUGGCCGAGGACCAGGAAAACAUCCGGGCCGCGAACCGAUCGCCUGCAAGAGCACGAGCACCAGAAAUGUUGCAGUUUUCGGUCGGGGAACAAAGGCAAAGACAAGCGCACGAGCGGGACGAGUCCAGUCCGCUAGGAAGGACGAGGAGUGACAACGAACGAUCAGAAGAGGAAUUUCCCUUGACCACUGCCGACAUUGACCCUCUCAUGGACUUCGCUCGCUCCGUGGAGGAGGUGGAACAGGAUGACCAUGGUAAAACCCAAUUUGCGUAAUUGCUUUUGCUUGGCAACAUGAUCAGCGUCAAGAAUCUCUCAUGAAUUUUUUACGUAUACGAAGAUCAGCAAUGCCCCCUCAGGACCUGGUUCUCCGGUCAUUCAUUUGAAUUGCAUGUCGAUUUUCCAAAAACGAAACGCCAAAACUUCUCAGGAAUCCUUCCCUCCGGCGAGUCCGCGUUGGAACGGGUUCGUCGGCGGCGCGAACGGAAGGCUGCACUGCUGCACCAGCAAGGCCGCAAUUUGGAUCGCGCCCGACCACCCUCCCGUGGUGGACACCGCGCACAACAAGCGCGGCCGCCGUCGCGCGGCGGGGAGUCGUGGCAACCGCUUGGUCAAACAACGCCGCCGGCAUACGAGCAGGCCACGCCCGAGCAACUGACACAGUACGCGCAGCUGCACAAAGAGUACGAUCUCUCUAUCGCGGACGUGCUAACCCGCCAGCUCGGAGCAACGCUAAACGCCCCGGAGCCGGCGAACACCGUGGACGGCCUGGAGGAAGCGGUGACCGCAGAAGAGGGCAACCUGGACUCCAUCGCACCGGCCGCCUCCGAGAUCCGGGUCACGAACCCGGAAGUAGAGAACGCGCGCGGCGAGCGCAGCGCGCUGUCCGAAUCGGAAGAGGUGCUUCGGGGGGAUUCGUUCUUCGAAAGCAUCGCUAACCAACCCGUUACGGUGAUUCGUCCGCCCGCCGCUCCAGUCGUUUCAGAUGCGGUUGAGGAAACUACUUCUGGGGCAGGAGCGGCAGCUGCACUAAGGGUAUGUCUAUGUAUUAAGGGUUGUGCUGCCAUUUGCUCCGACAACUUCAACUACUUUAACUGCUUCCAGCACAAAUAAAGCAGCAGUUUACAUUCUUCAUUGACAUUGUCCUUAACGCAGCACCUGCAUACUUAGAAUGAAACUAGUGUUUUUAUCGUACUAGUACUGCUACUGAGCGCAUAUUUUUAUUUCUAUUUUCAGGCACCCGAGUUGGAUGACGGGUCCUCUCGUGCGUUAGACGCAACUCUUCCAGCAGCGAGUUCUACUGCCGUCGAAGAAGUAUCCUCCGGAAGUGCUGGCGAAGCUUUGGAUCUCACGUCCACUAAGCGGGAGGACGAGGGCUUCACGUUGGCUGUGCUGCCGGAGGCCGAGCAGAAGUCAGAGGUGCCCCGGUUCUCUCCGGACGAGCUGCAGGACCAGUUUGUCACAAGCUUGGCCCUGCUCGACACCAUCGAGGCGCAAGAGCAGAUGGCCAACGACCUGGUGACGCGGCGCGCCCAGGCGUACGAGCGGCAAACGGAGGUGGUCACCGCCGUGGCCGUACAGCAGGAGAUGAUAGAGGAGCACCAGGAGGUACAGGAGCAGAUGAUGGAGGACUUUUUCCACGUGGCGGAGCGCACCAGACAGCAAACGCUCGCGGAACUGACCCAGGAAACCGUGAUCGCACAGGAAAUGGUGCAGCAGCGAUCGCUGCAGCAGGAGAAGGAGGAGCUGGAGCGGAAACAGAGACAAAUCAAGCAGGAAAAGGAGGAACAGGAAGCGAAGCUUGCGGCCGAGCGCGAGGCCCUACAAAAGGAGAAAGAGGCGUGGGCCGAGGAACGCCGGGAGACCAUGGAGCGGUGGAAACAGGACACUGAAAACCUGAAAGAGCAGCUGCUGGCGCAGACCGUCGGUUCCUCGCUGCUGGCAGGAGGAGGAGAAAAUGUAGCAAGUGCGGCGACUAAACAGCAGUCCCUGUCCACCAGUUCUUCCUCCUCCACGCCAGCCGUGAACCGCAGCAAGGACGGCGCGGACGAGGAGAAGGCGGGGCUGGAGCCAAGCCCGGGCUCGGGAACAAGAACGGGAGCGCUAGGGUUCGGCACGAGCGCCGACGGCGAGUUCUCUCUCCAGGAGAUGGCCUCGUCGUCUUCAGGGCUGAACCAACAAGGCUUGAUCG